AUGAGCAAACCAAUCGCCAUCAUCGGUAUUGCCUUUAGGGGUCCUGGCGAUGCUCGGGAUCCCGAGGCGUUUUACCGUAUGCUCGUUGAGGGCCGUAGUGCUCGCACUGAGGUACCCAAGGAUCGAUACAAUGUCGAUGCUUUCUAUCACCCUGAUCCAGAGCGGCUAGGUAGCAUUCAACAAAGACACGCACACUUUCUAGACCAAGACUUCAAAGUGUUCGAUGCGCCCUUCUUCAGCGUCACACCCAAGGAAGCCAAGGCCAUGGACCCCACACACCGCAUGCUCCUAGAAGCUGCAUACGAAGGCUUCGAAAACGCCGGCUUAAGUUUAGACCGUUUAUCGGGAACACAAACAUCAUGUUACAUCGGGACCUUCACAGCUGACUUCCCCAAUAUGCAAGCCCGUGACAAUGAAGGCCCUUCGAUAUACCACGCAACAGGAAUGUCAUCAUCACUGGCUUCCAACCGAUUAUCCUGGUUCUACAACCUCAGGGGUCCUUCCCUUACAGUCGACACAGCUUGCUCGUCCAGUCUGACAGCAUUCCAUCUAGCAUGUCAGAGCAUCCGAACAGGAGAGGCUGAGAUGAGCGUGGUCGGGGGUGCCAAUUUGAUGUUUGGACCUGAUAUGUCUAUCUUGCUGGGCGCGGCAAAGAUUCUCUCGGCAGACGGGAAAAGCAAGAUGUGGGAUGCGAAUGCCAAUGGAUUUGCUCGUGGGGAAGGGUUUGGUGUCACAAUUCUGAAGCCUCUAGAUGCGGCAUUACGCGAUGGCGAUACUGUUCGAGCAGUCGUGCUGGCCACGGCUACUAAUGAGGAUGGUCGCACACCUGGCAUCUCGCUGCCAAACAGUGAAGCGCAGGCAGAGUUGAUUCGGGGGGCAUACCGGAUGGCUGGCGUGGAUCCCGCAGAGACUUCGUACGUCGAGGCACAUGGAACGGGAACGCAGGCUGGCGAUCCACUGGAAGCUAGAGCCAUUUUGAAAACUGUCGGGUCAGUCGAGAACCGCAAGUCAGAUCUCUACGUCGGAUCCGUCAAAACGAACAUCGGCCAUCUCGAGGGCGCAGCCGGUGUAGCCGGUGUUAUCAAAGCUGCGCUUGCCGUUGAGCGAGGUCUGAUACCACAGAAUCUCUGGUUCGAAAAGCUCAAUCCCGAUAUCCAUCUACCAGAAAACGUCAAGGUACCCACCAAACUGACCCCAUGGCCACACAACGGACCUCGCCGUGCAAGUAUCAACAGCUUUGGUUUCGGAGGUGCAAAUGCACACGUCAUUCUCGAGGACACGGCAUCUUUCCUGGCACGUCAUGGUUUGAAAGGUCGACAUGCGACGGCACCGCUCCUUCCCAGCUUGGCCACUGUACGCGAUGGCUACGUCAGCGACAGUCCUAGCAGCUCUGGAAGCACUGUCGCUGAAGAGCCAUCCAGCGGCGAAUCCAGCGACACCGCAAGUGAUAUGUCGAGUGAGGUCCUACGCGACCUUCACCCCACAUCAAAGUUGUUCGUCCUGUCUUCCAACGAUCAAGAGGGCGUCAAACGCAAUGUCGAGCGCCUACAAGAUUAUCUCGCCUCUAAGGUCUCCAGCGGACCCUCUUUCCUCAGCGACCUGGCAUUCACGCUGAGCUCCAAAAGAACCGCGCUGCCAUGGAAGUCAUACGCAGUUUCCUCGAACCUCAGCGGCCUACGAGAGAAAAUAUCAAGCCCUGCGCCAGUGGUUCGCUCGUCCACUUCCGUGAUACCUAGAGUCGCUUAUGUGUUCACAGGCCAGGGUGCACAGUGGCACGCAAUGGGUAAAGGUCUCUCUGCGUAUGCGACGUUUGCGGAAAGCAUGCAGAGAUCCGAGGCUUUUCUCAAGUCGUUCGGUUGCCCAUGGAGCCUUACUGAGGAGCUCAAUCGCACUGAAACUGAAUGCAAGCUACGCGAGACCGACUACAGCCAGCCAGCCUGUACCGCCAUCCAAGUUGCUCUCGUAGACCUCUUGAGCAUCUUUGGUGUGAGCCCUGUCGCUGUUCUUGGCCACUCUAGCGGCGAGGUUGCAGCUGCGUAUGCCGCCGGCUUCAUUGACCAAGAGGCUGCAGUCAGGAUCGCUUGGCUGAGAGGACAAGUCAGCAAGACUGUGUCCAAGAACGGUGGCAUGUUGGCUGUAUCCGCCAGCGCGGACAGUAUACAACAUCAUCUCGAUGGCUUGAAGGACGGCAGGGCAGUCGUGGGUUGCUUCAACUCCACCAAGGCAUGCACCAUCACUGGAGACGCUUCUGCCAUCAGUGAGCUACAAGUAGUGCUGAAAGGCGCGCAGGUAGCAUGUACCAGGCUCCCCAUGGAUGUCGCAUACCAUUCCUUCCACAUGGAGUCAACCCGUGAGAAGUACGAAAGGGCUUUGAAGGACAUCCCGCAUGGCUCGAUGUCCACUAUCCCUAUGUUCUCCUCCGUGACGGGCACGCUGGUUGCCCCCACGCAGAUGAAGCCAUCCUACUGGGUCGACAACCUGGUAUCUCCUGUAAACUUCGUCGCAGCUGUCCGCUCCCUUCUGAACCACCCCCAGGAGAGCAAAACGCGCAAAGCCUUCGCCAACCUGUUCGUCGAGAUCGGCCCCCAUUCAGCACUCCGCAGCUAUCUCCUAGAUAUCUUCAGCAGUGAGAACCGUGCCGCAGAUUCAACAUACACCACCAUCCUGCGCCGCAAUUUUGAUGGUGCUGCUACAGCAUUGGAAGCCAUGGGCCAUCUCUGGACACAUGGAUGCACAAUUGAUAUGAAUAAAGUCAACAACAUGUCUCCUGACAGCGCUAACACCCUGAUUGAUCUUCCUCCAUAUGCUUGGAACCACAAACCGUACUGGGAUGAGUCAGCCCUAAGUCGACAGUACCGGCUCCGCAAAACUCCACGUACAGACCUCAUAGGCUAUCGCCUCCCCGGAACGCCCGAACACACAUGGCGUAACUUUUUGCGGUGCGACGAGAAUCCAUGGAUCCGUGAGCACAAGGUCCAAGGCGAUAUUCUCUAUCCGGGCGCAGGUAUGCUGGUCAUGGCCAUCGAAGCGGCGAAUCAACUAGCCCAGGAGAUCAGUGCCGAUGACAUUCAUGGCUUCGAUUUGCGUGAUGUCAGCAUCGAUACCGCACUUCGUAUACCUGAUACCGAAAAGGGUAUUGAGGUCACGACACAGCUGCAUAACCGUCGCACUGGGACACGAGCAGCGCCGUCGGAUACACUGUAUGAGUUUACGGUUUCUUCGUGGAGUGAAGAGUUGAACUCUUGGACUGCUCAUGCCCGCGGUCUCAUCUCUGUUACUUUCAAGAGGUUUUCACCGUCUAUGAAGAGUGAGCUGGCGUUUAGCAAUGAGCGCUACAUGUCUUCGCUUGCUGAGGCUAAAAAGGUGUGCCAAAAGCCCGCGCGGAGCUUCCUGUAUGAUACGGUCGAGGCGAUUGGCAUGAACUACGGACCAACCUUUCGCAACAUGUCUGAGCUAUUUGCAGGGCCUAAUUCGAGUUAUGGAGUUAUCAGGGUGCCAGAUACCAAGGCAGUUAUGCCCAAGGGCUUCGAGUUCACCCAUAUCGUUCACCCUGCCACUCUUGACUCAGUCCUCCAUCUCGUCUUUCCCAGCAUCUCUGGCGAAGACCAGGCACUCGAUGAAGCAGUUGUUCCUAGGUCGUUUGAUCGCAUUUUCGUCUCGGCUAGGAUACCAAAGACGGCUGGCACGGAGCUACACGGCUGCUCUACGGCGAAGAAGCUGAGCUACACGACAUGGACUUCCAACAUCACCAUGUCGGAGGCGGCGAUGACUGAGCCCGUCGUCGUUAUGGAGGGCGUCGUACUGGCUUCCGUUGGUGCGACAGAAAAUGCAUCAAAGCAGCUAGAGACGCGCGCAUCGUGCUUCGCGCAGAACUGGUACUUGGACGCUGACUUGUUGUCUCCAUCUCAGAUCAAGGAAAUCAUCUAUAAGCGUACGUUGAAGAGCAAGGACGACGAAUCGGUGCUUGAUCUACUUGAGCUCGUUUGCUUGGUGUACAUCUACCGUGUUCUGGACUGGUUCCAGACUGAAGAAGGCAAGGCACAUUUGCCGCAGGAUGGCUUCUGGAAGUCGUACGUCGAGUGGAUGCACGACACCAUCAAGCAGUUCCCCCCGCUGCCCGCAGAUGUCGAGACCGAGAUGCAGGAAGCCCGACAACGCAUCAUCCUUUCGGAGAGUGGCGAUAUCACAGUGCAAAUGGUGGACCGCAUCGGGCAAAACCUAUCUCGCAUCUUCACGCACGAAGUCGAAGCUCUACAAUGCAUGACUGAGGGCGAUCUUCUCUAUUCCUUCUACCGUGGAGCUUUUGGUACGAGCUUCAACACAAACGUGGCUGAGUAUGUUGGCCUGAUUGCUGACAAGCAGCCCGGAGUGCGCAUUUUGGAAAUCGGCGCAGGAACGGGCGGUACCACAUACCAUGUCUUGAAGCGCUUGCGUAAUCCCGAUGGAAGCUCCAAGGCAGCCCAGUAUUACUUCACCGACAUCUCUCCUGGGUUUCUUGCCAAGGCCGCCGACCGGUUCAACAAGGAUGCGUCUAUUAUGCAGUUCGCCACGCUCAACAUUGAAAACUCACCUACUGAACAAGGAUUUAGCCCAGAGUCCUUUGACCUCAUCGUAUGUGCCAACGUCCUGCACGCUACGAAGAGCAUCCAGGAGACCCUGGCGCAUUGCAAGUUGCUGCUGAAACCCAGUGGCCGUCUCGUCUUAUCCGAAGUGACAAUCAAACGUAUCUUCUCUGGUUUCAUUAUGGGUCCCUUGCCUGGUUGGUGGUUAGGUGAAGCAGAUGGUAGGAUGGGAGGUCCGCUCUUGGACGCUGAAGAGUGGAAUGUUGCAUUGAAGACUGCUGGCUUCUCGGGCGUUGAUGUCGAUAUCCGUGGCGACAGGGACACAUCGAAAGAGCCUGUUUCGUUGAUCAUUUCAACGAAGCCCAAGCAAACAGCACCUAGCCUGCCCUCUUGCCUUGUUGUCGCCACUGGCACCGAAGCUUCGAACAAGCUUGCCCAUACGAUACAACAGACAUUUGCAUCUGCUGGCUACGAGAUCAGCAUCGUUCAGUGGCAUGACAUCACCAAGGCGCACGUGGACGGCAAGUACUGCCUCUGCCUUGCCGAAUGGGAGGAUCCUGUCAUCGCGGAUCUCACCGACGACAAUUGGGGCAGAUUGCGCGAUGUUGUCCUCUCGUCCGCCGGCGCUCUGUGGAUCACUGGUGGUGGUGCCCUUGACACGCCUGAUCCUGUGAAGAGUCUGAUGGUCGGACUCGCAAGAGCCAUUCGCAAUGAAGACGCUGGUGUCUGCCUCGCCUGUCUUGACAUAGAUGCACCCUCAACUGUUGACUUUGAAAAAGCGUCCCAGACCACACUCAAGGUUGCACAAGCACACAUCCGCGGCGACGGCACGGAGGGCGAGUUCGCUGCGCGUGGAGAAAUGGUAUACUUACCCCGCGUCGAACGGACACUGGAAGUUGAUGCAUCGUUGCGCAAGUACGAGGCCAAGGGUGAUCCAGAAAUGAUCUCGUUCAAGGGCUGCGGGCGUCCCCUCAAACUCACCAUCAAGACACCUGGUCUGCUCGACACAUUCCGGUGGGAAGAGGAUGAGACGUACCACACGCCCCUGCCCGAGGAUUGGAUCGAGAUUGAGGUCAAGGCUGUUGGUCUCAAUUUCAAAGACGUGUUGGUUGCGCUCGGUAACUUGGCUGAGAAUAAGCUCGGCGUUGAUGGCUCGGGUAUCAUCACUCGUGUUGGAUCUGCUGUUACGGAUUUCAAGAUCGGUGACAGGGUAAUGACUGCGUCUUGUGACACCUUCGCCACCUACGUCCGAUUCCCGGCCAAGGGUGCCAUACCCAUUCCAUCCGGUAUGAGUUUCGAGGAAGCCGCAUCAAUGCCGCUCAUCUUCCUCACAGCUUACUACUCCCUGGUCACUGCUGGCGGUAUCCUUUCUGGUGAGAAGAUCUUGAUCCAUGCUGCUGCUGGUGGUGUUGGACAAGCUGCGAUCAUGAUCGCGCAAGCCAAAGGUGCUGAGAUCUUCGCCACGGUCGGUGCAGAUGCCAAGAAACAACUUCUCAUAGAGCAAUAUGGACUCCCCGAAGACCACAUCUUCAGCAGUCGUGAUACCAGCUUCGUUAAGAGGGUUCUACGUGCUACGGGCGGUCAAGGUGUGGAUUUGGUGCUGAACUCGCUGGCUGGUGAGGCAUUGCGUCUCUCUUGGACUGACUGUCUCGCCAAGUUCGGUCGAUUCUUGGAGAUUGGAAAGACUGAUCUGUUCGCCAACACUGGUCUUGAUAUGAAGCCCCUGUUGGACAACAAGAGCUACAUCGGUGUCAACCUGCUUGACUUUGAGAACAACCCAACACCUCGGGCCGUAGCGCUGUGGCACGAUACGGCGAAGAUGAUACACGAGGGGGCAAUCAAGCCUAUCGCACCGCUCCAGAUCUUCACCAUGGCUGAGGUCGAGAAGGCCUUCCGCCACAUGCAGACAGGAAAGCACAUGGGUAAGGUGGUUGUCCGCGUUGACGAUGAAGACGUUGUCCGUGCCGUACCUCGAAUUCCCCGCGUUCGCAUCCAUCACGAUGCUACGUACAUAAUCGCCGGAUUGGGUGGUAUCACUCGUGAGAUUGCACGCUGGUUGGCAGAAAAGGGCGCAAAAUACCUGGUGUUUCUCUCUCGAUCAGCAGCCAGUGGCACAGAAAACAAAGCCUUCGCCUUACAACUGCAGAAGACGUAUGAUGUCACGCCACUGGCAUACGACUGCAACAUUGGCGACAAAGCUGCUCUGCAAGCAGUCCUUGACGACUUGAAGGCCAAGAGUGUACCACCCAUCAAGGGGUGUGCGACUGGUGCCAUGGUCCUACACGACACACUCUUCGACAAGAUGACCGCCGACCACGUGCGCACAACGGUCGGCCCCAAGGUCCACGGCACCUUGAACCUGCACGAGCUUCUGCCACCUGACAUGGAUUUCUUCGUCAUGCUCUCGUCGCUAGCCGGUGUCAUGGGCCAUCGCGGACAGGGCAACUACGGGUGCGGUAACAACUUCCAAGACGAGUUUGCUUCAUUCCGACGCGGUCAGGGUCUGCCCGCGCUGACCAUCGACAUUGGUUAUCUCUUGUCGGUUGGGUUUGUGGCUGAACACGACGAGUAUGUCGACCACGUCAAGGCUAUGGGUCUCAAGGUUAUGCAUACGUCGGACCUGCAUGGUCUGCUCGCAACCGCCAUCGAAGGCCCCUCGCACCACCCAGGUCAAGUCAUGUGCGGUUUGCCCUUCAACGAGCACGAUGAUAACUGGUAUUGGAUGGCUGAUGCUCGAUUUGCUGCCCUACGCAACCUCGCUGCCGGAUCUUCGGCUAAUGCCGGGCAGGCCAUCUCACUGCGCGAAGAGUUGACAAGAUGUGGAAGUGUCAGCGAAGAGGCCGUGCAGCUCAUUACAGCAGCCAUUGUGCAGCGACUUGCGAGCCUGAUGAUGACGCCUGAAGCUGAUAUCGAUGCUGGCAGGCCGCUGAGCGCCUAUGGUGUUGAUAGUCUGGUGGCUGUCGAGGUGAGGAAUUGGAUUGCUCGCGAGAUGGCAGUCGAGUGCUCCGUGUUUGAUGUCAUGCAAAAUGUCCCAAUGACGCAGCUGGCGCAGAACUUGGCGGAAAAGAGUAAGCUACUUCUUGGACAGGCUUGAGGACAUGUGCUGUUGGGUGUGUGAGUAUUUGUUGUGGAAGGAAUUUUUAUGUUAGUCAUUUGCAUAGUCAACUGUUGUAUCAUAGAUUCGGCUGUAGGAUUUUUCUGAGAGCUGAACGUUGCAAAGUCUUUCCAUUGUGUAUGAUUUGGAAUCACGGUUGAAGAGAGGAAAGCGUGUUAUCAUAAUGGUGUGCUAAGAAGAUGAAAGCCCAAGUCGGAGUAUGAAACCUGCGCGUGAUCCGGUGUAGAUGUUGGCUUUUCUAUCGGAACGGUGCUAUUUGUAUGGAUGCUAAGGUUGACGUAGAGCGAAAGAGUUGGUAGUAGCUGGCAAUGAAAAA